GAAGACGUCUGCGGUGUUUGCCGAAUAUAUCGUAUUGGGUGUGCCGGUUGUUGUUGUUGUUGCAGUUGUAGCUUUAGCCGUAGCUGGGCCCUUUGCCGGCUAGUCUAGCCAACGGCAUUGCCGAUCGAUCGCCCGCUCUGUAACUCUGACAGUAGAGCACAAUUGUAUAUAUAUAUUAAUUUUUUUUUAUUGUUAAAAGCUUAAACGUUUUAAGUGUUAAACGCGUCGCAGUCGGCCAACAAACACAGCGUCGACAGUUUAUCGACGACUGCCUGCGCCAACGCUUCGUCCAAACUCCGUGUCGCGUUGCCAACUGCAUAUUCAAAAUAAACUCGUCUUUUUUUUCAAUUUUAUUUGCAUUUUUUUCUCAAUUUUUUUUCCUGUAAACAAUUUACACAAACCUCUCAGUGAGCCAGAGGAGAAAAGUAAACUCGUGCUCGAAAGUGUGAAAAUAAAUUGGGCAUUUUUGUUCAACCCCCCUGAUCACAAAGAUGAACAGAAUCCUGCCAUUCUCGAAGACAGCUGGUGCUGGGAGCCGGAUAGCAAUCAGGCAGCUGACGCCAGCUCUAGCACUUCUGCAGGCGCUGGACUCGUGGACGUGGCACUGGAUGCCGACGAGAAGAAUGCGGCCAAGAUGAAGGAGCGCAUUGCCGAACUGGAACAGCUUAAUGUACAGCUCAAUGCAUCUCUAGAUGAGCUCGAUGCUCAGCAUGAACAAGCGAUGCAGGAUAUGUUGGCGAUCAAAACGCAACUGCAGGAGAAGGUAGCAGAGCUGACGCAGGCAAAUUCUGAGAUGAAGCAACAUCAGGCCGAUAGUUUUAUUGCGCACGAGCUGGCACUGGCCAAGCUGCAGGAACAGUGUCGACAAUCGGAGGAGGCACAGCAAGUGGCGCUCGUUGCGCAGGAUGCCCUUCAGAAGCGCGUGGAUGGUUAUGCUGAGGAGCUGAAACGCAGCGUCGUCGAUCUGGCCGAUUUGCAGGAGCUGCUGGAUAAGCGCAGCGCCGACAACAACGAGCUCAUCGAGCGUAUACGCCUAGCAGACGCGUCUGCCGAGGCAGCGGCAGGCGAACGGGAGCAGCUGCAGCAGCGAGUUACGCAGUUGCUCAAGGAUGUGGAGGAGCUGAAACUGGCGAAAGAGAAAAAGACUUCGGAGUCAUCUAACAGCUCAUCCACAGGGAAGCACAGCGAAGACGAGUUCAUAGUGGUGCGCGAGGCUGAUGCGGCCUCAGGCUCCUCAGACCCCACCACGCCGCCCACAAAGGAGAAGCUGCGCGACAAGUUGGUGGCGUUAGAGGCUCGCAUUGCCGAGCUGACGCUAGAGAACGGCAGCCUGGCUCUAAAGCUGCAGGAUCGCGAGUUGGAAAAGCAGCUGUCCAGUAAUGUGCUUAGUGAGACGCUGGAAGAGCUACAACAGAAGCAUGCCGUGCAAUCCGACGAGCUGGCCGAGAUUCAGGCCGCAAAGGAGCAGGCACAACAGGCGCUGGCCCAGCUCCAAACGGAGGGUGGCGAGCAGCGCGAACAGGCACAAAAGUGUGUGGCCGAGCUGGAGUCACGUCUGCUUAUUUCAGAAAGUGAGAAGGAGCAGCUCCAAUUGGAGCUGCAAACGUUGCGCAACGAGUGGGAGCGCAAGCUGCAGCAACUAACGUUGCAAAACCAAGAACUGAAGUUGCAAGCAGAGGCAGAGGAGGAGACGCACGCGGAUGAUGUGGAGCGGCAGAUGAGUGCGUUGCGUGAAGCCAACGAGCGGUUGCGUCAGGAGCUGAAUACAAGCAUUGCCCAGGCCAAAUUCCGACAGGCUAUUGCUGAGGAGAAGCAAGAGAUUACGGACCUGGAUGAAGCUGAUGAUGGCGGCACUGCCGAGCCCUUCGAUAUUGAGCAACUGCGUGUGCUUCUGGAGUCCUUGCUAAAGGGUCAGCUAGAGCAAACGCCCCAGGAGGCACUGGAGCGCGGCUAUCGUGCACUGCGAGAGCGCUGGCAGCGCGUAAACGCGCUGGAGCAGCGACUGGUGCAGACUAAUGAAGAACUCGCCGAACUUCAGGAUCACAAGCUAAUUGCCGAACAUGAGAAGAAGACGCUGGAGGCGGACAUCUCGCAGUACAUACUUCAGUGUGAUGAGCUUAUGAAAAACAAUGAAGUGCUGCUCAACGAGCUAGAGAAAUACAAGCGCAACAAGCUGGAGACGAUUGAGGAGCGGCAUGAGGAGACAAUUGUGCAGCUGGAGACGCAACUGGAGGAGGCAACGCGACGCUGCCGACAACUCCAGAACAGCGAAGAGGAAUUGGCCAGAAAUUUGUCAGAAGCUCGCCAGCGUCUGGAUCAGGCGGGAGCUGAGAAGCGAGAAGAAACAGUAGACAAUGAAUUGGCAAUACAGAAGGAGCGCUAUAUGGGUUUGCAGGCAGAACUUAUUGAAAAAGAGCGAGCAUUUGAAAAGGAACUUGCCGAGAAAAAUGAAAUAUGUCACCGGCUUGAGGAGAAGCUAGCACAUCAGAGUACUCGGGAAGAGGUGGCCAAACAGCACGAAGAGCACUACAAUACUAAGCUGAAGCAGUUGGAAGAAUACAAAGAGAGCUCUAGUAGGCUAGGUGAACAGCUGACAGAGCUUAGGUCCCAGCUCAGUGCUAAGGAGCAGUCGCUGGCUCAGCUGCAGCAGCAGCUUGAGGAGCAGCUCGGGCUGGUCAAAGAACUUACUGAACACAAAAAUAGGUGUCGUCUCCUUGAGGAUCAGUUAGCUCAGUUAAAGGCUGAGCUCACUGCCAAGGAACAGAUGGCUGUACAGCGUGAAAAGGAGCAAGAUGACGUUGCCAAGGAACUGGUCGAAUACAAGGAGCAUUGCUCGGAGCUGCAAGCUCAGCUCAGUGGACGGGAGCAGGCCAUUGCGCAGCUGCAGCAGCAGAACGAGGAACAACAUAGUGAACUAACCAAGUGUUUGACCGAACAGCAGGAACGUAACGCAGCUCUUCAAGCUCAGCUCACUGCCAUCGGGCAAUCGCUACAAAAAGCCGAGACAGAGCUAAGUACAUUGCAGGCCACACAAGGACAUUGUCAAGACAAAGCACAGCUCAGUGCAAAUCUGCAAAAGACCAUCGAACAGCUGGGCUUUGAAAAGGCGGAGAUGAUUAAGGCGCUCCAGCAGAAGCAUGCGGAGAAUACGCAAUACUAUGCAGAGAUACAGCGACUACAGCCCCUCGCAGCAGCAGCAGCGGCUCCACCGCCAACCUGCGCUCGCUGCCCGCAGCUCGAUGCCCAGCUAGACGAGCUGUUCAAGGAGCGCGAGAAGCUAACUGAUCAGAUAAACUUCCUCAAGGAGAAGUCCGACAUACUCACGACCAAUCUGCUAACCGAACAGACCAAUCAGCGCCUUCUUCAACAGGAGAAAGUCGAGACGCUGGAGCAACACACGACCGCAAUGCGGGACUUGGAGAGGUUGCGGGCACAUCUGAUCGAGGUGGAGGAACUGCAUACACAGGAAACGGUGGAACUGCAGCAGGAACUGCAUGAUGUGCGUUCCAAGAUGCUGUCACUGCAGGAGGAGGUGUCUAAGUCAAGCACGGCCUUCACAUCGGCAAGCAUACGCGCCAACCAGCAGGCGGAGACGCUGCAGGCCCAACAUGCGCUGGUUCUUAAGCAACGGGACGAGCUGCUCCACAAGCUGAGCCAGUGCGAGGAUCGUGAACUGAAGCAGCAUGCUGCGCUAACCAAUCUGCAGUGUGCGCUGGAACAGUUUCAGAACGACAAGGACCAUGAUAUACAAAUGGCGACGCAGCGCAUACGGAAGGAGCUGCAGUCGGAGCUGGAUAAGCAGAUCGUGCAGCAAGCGGAGCUGGCCGUGCUACAUCAGAAGCUGGCCGAUGCUAAUCAAGGACUGCGAGCGGCUGCUCGACUGUCCGACCAGCUCGAGACGAGUCAGCAAACGAUCGCCGUGCUGCGUGACGAAGUGGACAGCUUGAAGGAGCACAAUGGGCAGCUGGAGCAGAAGCUGAGCAGCAGCGAGUCGAGCCAGACGGACAAGAUCGACAAGAGUCUCAUCAAGAGUCUGCUCAUUGGCUACGUGGUUAGCGGGCAUGCGGGGGACAAGCAGCAGGUCCUACGCAUGAUAUCCUCUCUGCUGGACUUUAGCGCACAGGAGGCCGAUAAGGUUGGCCUCAACAAACCCCAAAGUAGUUGGCUGGGCGCCAUUCUCGGCAGCAAUCCGGGACAGACGGCCCAAGGCACAGCAGGUCGAGACAAUCUGAUGCAAGCCUUCGUGCAGUUUCUAGAGCAGGAGUCGCAGCCACAGUCGCAGUCGCGACCCACGCUGCUGAGCAUGGCCGACCAAGCAACUGGUGCAGGAUCAGGGACAGCAAUAACCGGCACAGGCACAGGAACGUCAACGACUGUUCCUUCAACCGCGCCUACACAGUCUUCGGCUGAGCAGCCAGCGAGGCGCCCCUCAAACAGCUCGGCGGUCCCGCCUGCACAGCCGCUGCUUAUUAGCUCCAACGAAUUUGCGCCGACACGCAACUCCAGCUCGAUAUUAAAGGAUAUUCUCAGCGACUCCUGAUUGUUGUAGACAAUUUGUAGCAGUUGAAGAUGUUUUUUUUUUUACCACGUCACUUUUUUUUUACAAGCUAAUAUGUAUAUGAAUUUUAUAUGUAUAUGUACUAUAUAUAUCAAUAGUGUGUAAUUCACGCUCUAUUCGUUUCAAAUCGUGUAUCUAUAUACAUAUAUCUACCUAUGUAUCUACGCGAAGAGUAAUGCCGAUUCGUGCAACUGUAACAAUGUAACAAUAACUGUAAAUAUGUAAAAUCAGUCCUCCUAUCAAUUCAAUGUUUAGUUUAAUCUGCUCUGCGGGUGUUUUAUCUCAACUGCACUGUCGUGUCAUAAGCUUAAGUAAUAUUGUAUUAUUAUACUCCAAAACUGUUACCUGGCACAUCUAUACCUACAUAUAUAUCGAUAACUCCACUA